AUGAAAAUCAAUUCUAUUAUUUAUCUAUUGGUUUUAUUCUUAUUAAUAUUCAUAGUAGAUGUCAUAUCGGCUGGGCGUGACUUUUAUAAAAUUUUGAAUUUGCCAAAAACGGCUACGUUGAAUCAAGUAAAAAAAGCUUACCGAAAAUUAGCAAAAGAACUACAUCCGGAUAAGAAUAAAGAUGAUCCAAAAGCACAAGAGCGAUUUCAAGAUUUAGGAGCUGCUUAUGAAGCAUUAUCUGAUCCUGAUAAACGAAAGGUCUAUGACAAACAUGGUGAAGACGGCUUGAAACGACAAGGUAGUGAGGAUUCAUUCCAUGAUCCAUUUUCCAGUUUUUUUGGUGAUUUUUUUCCUUUCGGUGGUUCGAGAGAUGAUGGACAUCAUCAAGUACCACGUGGCGGAGAUUUAGUGCUAGAUUUAUAUGUAACACUCGAAGAAGUUUAUAAUGGAAAUUUCGUUGAAGUUGUUCGAGCAAAACCAGUAGCAAAACAAACGGCUGGUUCACGUAAAUGUAAUUGUCGAAUGGAAAUGCGAACUACUCAAAUGGGACCUGGCCGCUUUCAAAUGAUGCAAGAACAAGUAUGCGAUGAAUGUCCAAAUAUAAAAUUUGUUACAGAAGAAAAAGUAUUGGAAAUAGAAGUAGAAGCAGGUGUAGCGGACGGAUAUGAAAUACCAUUUACUGCUGAAGGAGAGCCGCAUAUGGAAGGUGAACCUGGUGAUUUGAAAUUUAUUAUUCGUAUUCAAAAACAUCCAAGAUUUGAACGUAAAAAGAAUGACUUAUAUACAAAUUUAACAAUAACUCUGCAAGAUGCACUGAAUGGUUUUGAUGUAUCAUUUCCUCAUCUUGAUGGACAUGAUGUAGUAGUUAAACGAGAAAAAAUCACUUGGCCUGGUGCUCGCAUAAAGAAAAAAGGCGAAGGUCUACCACAACAUGAUCAAAAUAAUAUUAUUGGCGAUCUUUACGUUACGAUUGAUGUUGACUUUCCUAAAGGUGCAUUCGAUAAUGAACAACGCGAAGCUAUCAAAACUCUAUUGCAACAAGAACCGAAACAUCGAUUGUACAAUGGCUUUUAG